GGAAUAUUACCGGCGUUUCUUUGCGUCGCUGAGCUCCUCGUCGCGAAGACGGGCGACGGCAAGGCGGCCCAGGCCGCCGUGAACCGGGACUCCCAGCUGGACGACGAACCUUUCCAUGCUUCAAUUUACGCGCAGUUCCGCGUCAUUUCAUCAGCUUUUGAUGACCCUCGAGGCGCUCCUUCGAACCGAUAUCAGCCCGGGCACGCUCCAGCUCUGGCCAAAUCUGCACAGCAUCAAGCAUGCCGUAGAGUGGGAAGGCACUGAUGUGAUUGCGAACACGGAACACAGCUUCCACACGACCAUCAAGCCAUUUCUGUUCUGCCCCGGAACCGACAUUCGCGAGCGACUCGAAUUCGAUCUGGAAACAUGUGCCGUUGCUCUGGACCCAGAAUUUCUUCCAGCUUCGAUCAUAGACCUCGUGAAAGGGGAGAAAUUGCUGCAGACCAUUGGCAGCACGUAUGAGAGUGUACGCAAACUUGAGAAGCUGAUCAGUCUUCAACUGAGAUGCUCGCAUUGCACGUCUCAACAUGAUGCCAUGGUCUCAUUCACAAGUGGGGCAGAGACCUUCAGACAGUCGAGAGAAGUCGAUACGUCAAUGGAGAGCUGCACGAAUCAGACUUCAGUGGCCGACCAGCAGCGCGGAAGAAAGGCAACACGCCGUUCUGUGUGAGAUCCUAGCCGACGGAUUCGAAGAAAUCUACUUGCGGCCUGGGAAAGCAGGGUUCCUGCAAGUUAUCCCAGAAACGAAUCACAGAAGAAGCGGCAGCAUAACGCUGACGCCUUUGGCUGACUGGCUGACUGAGCCAGGUGACAGCUUCCUUCCAGACGUCAAACAUCGUUUGGCAGUUGUGCUGCUCUUGGCCUACGCAUACCUCCAUCUGAGCGGCACUGCAUUCUGGCACGAUGGUCGCGUGGAUCUUGAUUUGCACAUUCCAAGCGAUGCUGCUGGCGGGGUGUUGCAGCCAUAUUUACCCUUUUCGACCUCACGAAUCUAUCCCGAGGUAUUCAUGGAGCACUUCAUGAACAAAGCACGACCCAGUCUCCCAGCAUUCGGGAAACUGAUCCUGACCAUCUGGCUUGGACGCAUCAUUGUAUAUGAUGAAGUGCCAAAGUUGGUACCGGAGUGCCAGAAGGUAGAGCCUACCAUUGGGCACCAGGUUCACGAGGUCGCUAUGGCCUGUAUCAAAGCCGAGGAGGAUCUCAAGCAAUCGGGACCCAUGAUACAAGACUCACCAAUAUAUGAAAAAUUCACCACUCUUGUGAAGUCAUUACAGCUCGUGGCACGAUGCGCCGAACUUCCGCCCGAUAAGUUCCUGGCACUGCUCCGCGACUCUGGUCGCGUGCAGACAGAACUUGAUGCGCAAUCGGGCGCAGCGCAGAGCGACGACACACGCUCGAUAGAUUCUGCAAACAAGCAAGAUAUCAGGCCAAGAGGGGAAGGCUGCACCCCAGUGGCCUCUAUAGAAGGCCCGGAAUCUAAAUAUGCGGCGGAGUGGUUCGCUAACCUUAGGAACGAGGCUCACAAGGCCGUUCUAUCAGACAAACAUGUAUUAGCUACCGUACCUGGUGCACCGACCACGGAGCCGUUGAAGGCCAGCCAGGCUGUGAUGAUGUGGGCAAUGUCUUGGAGCAAUGCGCAGCGACUGACGAUCAUGGCCCUCAUGCCGUGUCUGUAUUGCGUCAAGUCGCCCCGCAUUGCAAGACCUUUGUCGCUCAGGCUUUCCGAGGCAAGCAAGAUAUCAUCAGCGUAA